CUACGCACAGAGAGAGGGAGAGUGUUAGAGGGAGCCGUUGGGCGCAUGAUGGCGUCGGCGGCCGCCCCGGCGAUAGUGGCCAGCCUGAGCAGCCCCGCCAGCGGCGGCAGCAGCAGCAGCAACAACACUGGCAGCACUAGCAGCAGCAGCAGCAGCGCCACUUCCAGCACCGGCGAGGAGGAGCGGCUGAGGCGCCUCUUCCAGACCUGCGACGGCGACGGCGACGGAUACAUCAGCAGGAAUGAUUUGCUUAUGGUGUGUCGCCAACUGAACAUGGAGGAGUCUGUGGCAGAGAUAAUGCAGCAGCUUGGUGCGGAUGAAAAUGGGAAAAUCUCCUUUCAGGAUUUUACACGAUGUCGUAUGCAGCUUGUGCGAGAAAUCAGGAAGGAAGAAGUGGAACUUUCUGUGAAAUCUGGUGAUUCUUUUAAAAAGAAAACACUGAAGGACAGAAUAGCUUCCUGGCCAACAAGUAGUGAUAACAGUUUGGGUGCUCUUUCAGGAGCUCGAGAGAGUUGGGAAUAUGAUUCUGGAGCCAGAGAUCUUCAAAGUCCUGACUUGCACAGUCGUUCAACUCUACAAAAACUCUUUGAAUAUGGGGGCAAUGUCAUGAAUCAACAAGUUGCAUUGCAGAGACUACUUACACAAGCUUCCAGCCUAAGCAGUUCAGUUGGAGGAAGUUAUUUGGAACUUGCUAACACACUCCAUUUAGCAGCACUGGCAUCUCUGAAGGGAGACAUCGUUGAACUUAAUAAACGCCUACAGCAAACAGAACGAGAGAGGGAUCUGUUGGAAAAGACAUUGGCAAAGGCACAGUGUGAACAGUCCCACCUAAUGAGAGAGCAUGAAGAUGUGCAAGAGCGGACAACGCUUCGCUACGAGGAACGAAUCACAGAGCUCCAUAGUAUUAUUGCUGAGCUAAAUAAGAAAAUCGAUCGACUGCAAGGAACUACUAUAAGGGAAGAAGAUGAGUAUUCAGAAUUGCGGUCAGAACUUAGUCAUAGCCAGCAUGAGGUCAAUGAAGAUUCGCACAGCAUGGACCAAGAUCAGACUUCUGUUUCUGUCCCAGAGAACCAGUCAACUAUGGUCACAGCUGACAUGGAUACCUGCAGUGACUUGAACUCUGAGCUGCAGCGGGUGCUGACAGGACUGGAGAAUGUUGUCUGUGGGAGGAAGAAGAGCAGCUGCAGUUUGUCUGUGGCAGAUGUGGACAGACACAUUGAACAACUCACCACUGCCAGUGAACACUGUGACUUAGCCAUUAAGACAGUUGAAGAGAUUGAAGGUGUACUAGGACGGGACCUGUAUCCAAAUCUGGCUGAAGAGAGGUCUCGAUGGGAAAAGGAACUGGCAGGCUUGAGGGAAGAGAAUGAAAGCCUGACAGCAAUGCUGUGCAGCAAGGAGGAGGAGCUAAAUAGGACCAAGGCUACUAUGAAUGCAAUCCGGGAAGAACGAGACAGGUUACGUAGAAGGGUUCGAGAACUGCAAACUCGUUUACAAAGUGUCCAGGCAACUGGUCCAUCGAGUCCAGGUCGUCUCACUCCUGCAAACCGUCCUAUUAACCCAAGCACUGGAGAGCUGAGCACAAGCAGCAGCAGUAAUGACAUUCCCAUUGCUAAGAUUGCUGAGCGAGUAAAGCUCUCAAAGACAAGGUCAGAAUCUUCAACGUCUGACCGUCCUGUCCUGGGAUCAGAAAUCAGCAGCAUAGGGGUAUCCAGCAGUGUGGCAGAACAUCUUGCACACUCUCUUCAAGAUUGUUCCAACAUCCAAGAAAUUUUCCAGACACUUUACUCACAUGGUUCUGCUAUCUCUGAAAGUAAAAUUCGAGAAUUUGAAGUGGAAACUGAACGAUUAAACAGCCGCAUUGAGCACUUAAAAUCACAGAAUGAUUUAUUGACAAUAACUCUGGAAGAGUGCAAGAGCAAUGCUGAAAGGAUGAGUAUGUUGGUUGGAAAAUAUGAAUCCAAUGCCACAGCCCUCAGGCUUGCAUUGCAAUACAGUGAACAGUGCAUUGAAGCCUACGAGCUCCUACUAGCAUUGGCAGAAAGUGAACAGUCUCUCAUUCUUGGGCAAUUCAGAGCUGCAGGUGUUGGGUCGGUUGGGGACCAGCCAGGUGAUGAAAACAUCACCCAGAUGCUGAAAAGAGCCCACGACUGUAGGAAGACAGCUGAAAAUGCAGCCAAAGCCCUGCUAAUGAAAUUGGAUGGUAGCUGUGGAGGAGCCUAUGCUGUCACUGGCUGCAGUGUACAGCCCUGGGAGAGCCUAUCAUCCAACAGUCACACCAGCACAACUAGUUCGACAGCAAGCAGUUGUGAUACUGAAUUCACAAAGGAGGAUGAACAGAGGCUGAAGGACUACAUUCAGCAACUGAAAAAUGACAGGGCAGCUGUUAAACUGACUAUGUUAGAGCUGGAGAGCAUCCAUAUUGAUCCCCUCAGUUAUGAUGUCAAGCCACGUGGAGACAGUCAAAGGCUGGAUCUAGAAAAUGCUGUACUCAUGCAGGAGCUCAUGGCAAUGAAGGAGGAAAUGGCAGAGCUGAAGGCACAGCUGUACUUGCUAGAAAAAGAAAAAAAAGCCCUAGAGCUGAAGCUUAGCAGUCGAGAAGCUCAAGAACAAGCCUAUCUGGUACACAUUGAGCACCUGAAGUCUGAAGUGGAAGAGCAAAAGGAACAAAGGAUGAGAUCUCUCAGCUCAGCUAGUAGCAGCAGUAAAGAGAAGUCAAGUAAGGAGUGCACAGAUGGCACCGCAUCAUCAUUAACACUAGCUGAGUUGAAGCCCUAUAGUGAAAGUGAACUCACUACAGAACUGGCAAAUGCACUUAGACGAGAAAAGAAACUGAAAGCCAGAGUGCAGGAGCUGGUGAGUGCCUUAGAACGACUGACAAAGAGCAGUGAAAUCCGGCACCAGCAAUCCGCAGAGUUUGUGAAUGACUUGAAAAGAGCAAACAGUAACCUUGUGGCAGCUUAUGAGAAAGCAAAGAAGAAGCAUCAAAAUAAACUGAAGAAACUGGAAUCCCAAAUGAUGGCUAUGGUUGAAAGGCAUGAGACUCAAGUGAGAAUGCUCAAACAAAGAAUUGCUUUGUUAGAAGAAGAGAACUCGAGACCUCAUACCAAUGAAACGUCACUUUAAGAGGGAUUAAAUAAAAAAGAAUCCAUGUGCCAUUGCAAAUAUGAGUCCCUGCAGGACUCACUGUAGGUGGUGGGUGCAGGAGACCAGAGACAACCUGGGCCAAGUUGGAAGACAGUGCAUUAGAGAGCAGUUUUGGCUUUGACAAUAUGCAAUCAUGAGCAGGAGCCAAAAGGAAAGUGAGGCUUUUGGGAUGGUUGUGCAUAAUCAGUGCCUGAUGUUUAAAUGUACUGUAUCUGUUUAUCAAGGUUCUAUGUAAUUAUUUUGUUCCCGUUGCAGAUUUCCCUUUUUCCUUCUCCCCAGCUUGUAUGAGUAAGAACAUUUGUGUCUUCAUCAAAUAAUUUCUUCUCAGUCCACCAAUAGUCUUGAGGGAAUGAUCAAAUUCCACUGCACAGGUAGCUUUCAUCUAGAUCAUAGCAUUUCUUCUUUUCGCCUCCUUUCAGUCGUUCAUCUUUUUUAGGCUGACAGUGCACAGCCAUUCACCAUACAGAUAUCCAUUCAUUUAUUGAUAGCUGGUCUAGGGUUAUAGAGUGAGCUAAGAAUUAGCACUGUCCUGUAAGUGGCCUCUAGGGAAGCAUGGGUUAAUUUCAUGCCUCUCCAGCUGACUGGAGACAACAGCAUGCAGCUAGUGCUCCAAGCAAGGUCAUGCCAUUCCACAACCAGCCUGUUUCAAAUUUUAAAACACAUUUGCAACAGCUGCUGCUUUUCUGAAACCUACAAUUUAGGGGCUCCUUCCAAUUCUCCUGCAUAUUGCUUCUAGUCCCAAUAUGCGGGGGGGGGGGGGGGGGUGUCAAAACAGACAUUUAGCAAUUGUAGACUCGGAGUAGUGCAGCAUUGUUGUUGCCCCUUAUCUGGUGCUUGUCUCCUUCAUGUUUUGAUAAUUGCUCUUUCUGUUGAAGCAGCCAGGUGGAAGUGCCCCCAAGCUGUGCACUUUGGUAAAUAUACUGCUUGCCAAAAAUCCAGCUUCUGGAGGGAACGUAAUCCAUAUUCUGGGAAUAACCACUCAGUUGUUUCUAAACAUACAUACUAGUGUACUCUGAUCCUACACGUCUGGGAUAUCAACUCCCAGGAUUCCUGAGCACUAGACACAGUGGUUGAGAUUUCCGGGAGCUAAGAGACCAAAACAUCCAGAUUAUUAUAGGUUGAGAACAGCAGUAUUAGUGCAGUGUCCCUACACCUUGCUAAUAAGGUGAAUAUAUUGAAUUGGUUGGUGUUGCACAUGCUUUCAGCUCAAGUCCCUGUAACAAGGGUUUGGUGUGGAGCAGCACUGUUUUUUAGUAGCUGACUGUUGUAAGACAUACUUCUGUAUGUUUGCAGCAAGGCUUCCAUAAAGUUCAGUAGGUCCUUACUGUACAGUGUCAAAGUAAUUCAUGAAGCUUCAUUUACUUUGUUAUGUUAAAAAAGCCUAAGUUAUAAGAAAUGUACCUGAUCAAAUGAAUGUAUACAUGCACUGUGCAGUUGUGCUCAGACUGACUUACAGUUGUGGGGUAAGUUCUGUUCACUCUGCAUAGUAAAACCAUUGUAGAAGGGGCAACAGCUAGAGACCACCAUGCAAAAUAGUUGUCUACAAUUUUAAGUUAAAUAAAAGAAUAGCUACAAUUCUAAAUCAGCUACUGAGUUACAUAACUACCUUAGUUACAUAGCUAAGUAGCAUCUCCCAACCCGACUCCCCACCCUUGUUCAUAACUUAUUAGGUAGUGGUUGGUGCAGACAAAGGAGGGCUGUUCUGUCAAAUGGGAUCCAGCUGCCAUUUCCACCACUCCCCCAUGAGCCAUUGCCAGUCAGAAGCAGGCUGGCAUUGGAGAUCACUUGUAUCAGUCUUCUGUAUCCCAGUUCAGAAGAGAAGAAAACUCUGUUGCUCACACUGGUUGCUGCCCAGCAAUUCCAGACUGGGGGACUUUCAUGGGCCUUAGGUAUUCCUUACACCAGUGGUUCUCAACAGUGGUUUCUUUACCACAGAACCCCUUUAAAUAUAUUUUAUUGCUGUUGACCCCCCCCCCCCCAUGUUUUAACUCAAGAUUUAAAGCCCUAAAGUUCAUCAAAUAUUUAUUUAAAGUGGCUCAUCAAGGAUUUUUAUAUUUGGAAAGUAGCGAGAAAUAAGUAAAAGCAUACACUGCUUUUAUAAUAUUUUUAUUGGAAUUAUUCUAUACAAAUUUAAUAAGAAUACCUGAACACUCAUCUAUGGCAACAUAUGUGUUUGAUAAAAUAAGCUCAGUGUGAUAAGACAAGUUAGAUUUUAGAACAAAUCAAAUGCAUUGUCCACCACCCUAGAUGCUCCUAGCCUUGGUUGCUAUAUUGAUCACAGAUCAAUAUACACACACUCAAACCUAUUAAGUAGAGAUAAUUGGCCCUGACUAGUCUAACAGUCACCAAACCAAGUCACACAGCAGAACCAAGAACAUGUUCAAGUGUUCACUGUUUGAAUGUUUACAUAGUUCACAUACUCUUUCAUUCCUUCACAGACUCUGGGAGGAUACUGCUAACCCCCUGCAGUUCCAUGGGCCAGAGGUUAAGAACCACUGCCCUACAUUAUUGAAUGUGCAGGGAUUGUGACUACAAACCAGUCAGAAAUAUGCAACUCUAGGUUAGGCAUUCAUAGCUGUAAUCAUGAAUUCCAGCCAAUGUCUUAGGACAGCCAGUUCUUAUUAUAAAUGCAGCAAUAACACUCUGGCAUAGCAAUACUGGCAAAUGGAAGGGAGAGAAAUGGCUUGAGUUAUGGCACAUACAGCUGUGGUGCCUUGCUCUUAAAUGCUCAUCUUCUUUUUCUUCUUUCUUGCACUUUGAUGCUUAGACCACUUGCAAUAAAGAUAAUUCUAACAGAAUAAUCAACUACCUAGGGUGUUCUGGUGUUCUUCCAUAUAUUUUUACUGAAGAUAAUGAGUUCCUUUUCAGACAAACUGAGUUUUUACACUUUUAUUUCUUGUCCUAUGAUAUUGCAGUCACUAAUCAUGUAUUUUCAAAAUAAGUUGAGGGUCUAUUACCUCUGAAAUAGGUUGUUUUUGUUUAUUAAUCUAAUUGUGUACCAUAAAAGUAUGUUGAGUUGCACAGUUGUUCAUAAUAGGAAUCCUGCAUGUAAGGAAAAGCUUUCAGAGGUGUAUGCAUUUGAAAUGAGUAAGCAACUAGCUAACAGUGAUUGAUGUUUAUUCUCAUUUGGACCCAAUCUGUCACCUUUCUGGGCAUUUUCCAAUAUAGCAAACUUUCACUAAACAUACAUAAGGGGCACAAUUUCCAUUGUCUCUGUUUGUCAUCAAACUGACGGGACAUUUCUUAGUAAAACUCUCCUACAUUAAGAGAAAUUAAUGUUCCCCAGAUGAAAAAUCAGUGUCUUUCCAAAAUAAGUUUUGAGUUGGAUUUAACCAGCAAUUGGAGAUCACAUAUUUUGUUACAAGUGGUGGUCUUUGAAUUAAGUUUUAACUUGUAGGUUUAUUCAUUCCCAUGUUUAAAUUCAUAAUUGCAUUACUUACUCUGGAUUUACUAUUAGUCUGUUUUCAUUUUUAUUUAAGUUAGUUUGGUUAGUGGCUUCAAGCUUUCUGUCUCUUGAUUAAGCAUGGCAGUUAAUACUGUUAGAAACCAUCAGUCUGAACAAAGACUAAUGCCAUGUCUUGUACUGAUAAGAAAAGUUUCUUUAGUGGGUAUAUUCAUAAUGUGUUUCAUCUUCUUUUUGGGUUUCAUCAGUUACAAAUGUCUAAAUUUCUAUUAAAAACAUUCUAUAGUGCUUGCUUACAGCUCUCAUGAGACUAGCUUUUAAUGCUUACAUAUCUGUCUGCUCUUCCCAUAAACCUGACAUAUGUUUCAGCUCAAAGAAAUAGGCUAGAUAAGCUCUCGUAACAAAGUGAAACUUAAAAGUGGGACAAAAAACAUAAUGUGAAAUGGUGCUACAACACAACUGUGGAAACCUGAUGAAAUAUCAGUAAGAUUAGUAAUACUUUGGAUGCAAAUGCCUUCCUCCAGUUGGGCCUGAAACUAAAUAAUGUUAAUUCCUGGUUCAUAGCCAGAGAAACCUGGAGUGUCUUCUCCAUCCUAGCAUCUAUAUGUUAGAUGAUUUCCAUGGGGUACUUUUUUAAGCAUUAUUAGACUUCUCCUUUAGUUUGAAAAAGUCUUUCAGAAUCCCCCUCCCUUCAUCUUUUCACCACCAUUGGUAGGGAACCAAUUCACUGCUAGAGGUAGAAUCAUAGAGUUGGAAGAGACCACUAGGGCCAUCCAGUCCAACCCCCUGCCAUGCAGGAAAUCCAAA